AUGCAGAAGGAUGGAGACAGCCUAGGACGCUGGCUAGAACGUGUUGCAGCAAUCAAAAGCCCAACCUCCUUUACAGGUGCUAUAUGCCUCCACCGGGGAGUAUGCCAAUGCCAUUGCCUCCUUUCCCCGUCCUGCAUCUUGCCAGACGUUGGAGGGAAGAAGAGGGACAAGGCAGACGAGGUGCUCAAGGCCGUCGGCGAGAGAACCCGCAGCCUUGGCAGGGAGCUCAACGUGUGCAGGUUAUCGUCCUCGCGUCUGUCCAAGAUGGGCUGCAGCGUGGAGGUCCGCCGGACAGCGAACGCUGAGGCAUCGCAGGCAGGUACUCUGGCCGUACUCUGGCCGCACUGGAGUGGCUGGACGAUUCACUCGGUUUAA